AUGUCUCGGCCUGCACACAGAAGACCAGAGUAUCAUAAAAUUAACAAAGAUCUUUUCGUACUCACCUAUGGAGCUCUGGUUGCCCAACUAUGUAAGGAUUAUGAAAAAGAUGAAGAUGUGAACAAAUACCUAGAUAAAAUGGGAUAUGGUAUUGGGACGCGGCUGGUGGAAGACUUCUUAGCUCGAUCCUGUGUGAGAAGAUGCCACAGCUAUUCAGAAAUUGUAGAUAUAAUUGCCCAGGUUGCUUUCAAGAUGUACUUGGGAAUUACACCAAGUGUGACUUGCAACAAUUCAAGCAGAAAUGAAUUCUCCCUGAUUCUAGACAAGAAUCCUUUGGCAGAGUUCGUGGAAGCACUUCCCGCUGGGCGAUCCUCUUUGUGCUAUUGCAACUUAGUCUGUGGGAUUAUCAGAGGCGCUCUGGAAAUGGUUAAUUUGGCUGCUGAUGUUACAUUCUUGCAAGACAGACUAAAAGGCGACAGUGUGACAGAAAUAGGAAUAACAUUUCUGAAAAAGCUGGAUGAGAAAAAAUGUAGACGGAAAAAGUGA